AUGACCUCUGACCAGCAUCCAUAUGCUGCUGCUGAAGUAGCAGAGAAGGUGCUGAGGAGAGUGGAAAUUGCAAAGGUUGCUCGAAACCUCCAAGACUGUCUGGCUUUUGCAAGCUUCAAGGCCCAAAAUGGCUGGCAAGAUCGAACACUUGCCUCGAUCGAACCCGAGUUCACCGAGAAGCUAAAGAGGAAGAGACCAUUCCUGGAGGAAGACCUCCCCUGUGAUACCUCGUCUGGAUCCGACGACGAAUUCAUCCCUAUCUCCUCGAUUGCCAACAACCGCUUUUCGAAACCCUCCAACCCAACCUUUAAAAUCCCCGAACCUCCAUUCGCUGCGAGGAAGAGAGUCCGGUCGUCCUCUGCAACAGGGCUGGACAGACAGUCGAGCACAUUGACAUGGAAGCAAGAUCACCGUCUGCCUCAGUCUUCACCUCUUUUGAAUCGGACACAGUCCUUUCAAGAGAACCCACUAUUUCAUACAGAAUCUACUCGAACACCUCACCUUGCCAAUGACGACUCUCCCAUGUUUGAUGUUCAUUCUGAUGACGAAGAUCAUGACCUUCCCAUGCCUGCCUUUGGAAACGAACCGUCUAGCAGUAUUUUGUCCUCAUCACCCCCUCGAACACCUCCUCCUGCAAAGGCUUUCCUCAACACCAACUCCAAGCAAUCCGGAGCCGAUCUCCUCCUUUACCUGGCAAAUUCACCGUCUCGUUCACCGGCCAUCAACAUCCAUAGGCCGUCGGACUCGUCGAAAGAACCACCUUCAACUCCCCCUUCGCAGCAUUCACACCUUCCUUCUUCGGUGAUGACCACUCCAGGCACUCAUCUAGGAUUGUUUAAUGGCGCUCUACAAACCCCGGGCCAGAAUUUCAACCUGGCCGACUUCUGCAAUGUCACUCCUUCACCUGCACCUGCCCAGUGGGGCAACCGAACUCCAACCAUUAGCAAGACCCCCAGUCGGUUCUCACGAAGAAGUUUGAAUUUCGAUACGUUGCAGCCUCCGUCGGGCAGUCCAACUUUACCACGAAAGGCUCCGAUCGGCAAGGGACUGGCUCUGCAAUUGGGUGACGAGCUGAUCCCGAGAUCGUGA